UCUCUCCUCUCCCAUUCGCCAAUUUUUUAAUCCAUUUUUUAAUUCCGUAAUAUAUAAUCAAACCGCUCUUUUCCUUUCCCGUUUCACCAAGGCUCUCCUUCCCCGUUUCGCACUGUUCCCCCAUUUCACCGUUCACCCCCUCAUCGUCCCCCUUUCCCCUAGCCGGGAAACCCACUCUCGUCGCCGGGAAACCCCUUACCGUCGCCGGGAAACCAGUAUACUCCGUUUACCCUCCUCGCCUUUCGCCUCGGGCGUCGAAUCCGGGGGUCCGGGAUUCUUCUAAGCGAGGGUUUCGCGCGACGUUGCCGUGGCGGGGCGAAGCUUCGGAUCUCGUCGCGAUUUGGGGCGUGGAGGGUAAUGCGGGGCGUUCUUCGGUCUCCCCCCUCCGAUUCGGGCUUUUAGGGUUCGGAAUUCGCGGGGGAGGUGCGGUUGGGGGAGUCGCCGAUCCGCGAUCGGGAUGAGAUGGUUUAUUUUCUUGUUUUGGCAUAGCCCGGGGUUGGGUUCUUUAUAAGCGGUGGAGGGGAGGCCUUGUAUUCCUAGGGAAGUUGGAACUAGGUUAGAGGCUUCAAAACACCAAAGGCUUCAGCUAUCGAGAGUUGCUAUUGUAGCUGAAGCUGCUGAUGUUACAAAUAUGAUGGCUAGAAGUGGAGGAGAUGCUUUAAAAGCUUCCACUUCUUGUGGUAUACGUUUGCAUGGAAAUUUUGGUGCAUUUUCUCAGGGCAGUGGUUAUGCAAAAGAUGCCUUUUCGAAGCACAAGGUGGAAAAGUUUGAUUUGUCUAACUUGAACUGGAUUGAAAAGAUACCAGAGUGUCCUGUAUUCUGCCCCUCAAAAGAGGAGUUUGAGGAUCCAUUAGAUUAUCUCCAAAAGAUUGCUCCUACUGCGGCAAAAUAUGGUAUAUGCAAGAUAGUUUCCCCCAUAAGUGCUUCUGUUCCAGCUGGUGCCGUACUGAUGAAGGAACAAGCUGGAUUUAAAUUUAGCACCAGAGUUCAACCUCUUCGUCUUUCUGAGUGGGACGCAGAUGACAAAAUAUCUUUCUUCAUGAGUGGAAGAAAAUAUACUUUCCGGGAUUUUGAGAAAAUGGCAAACAAAGUAUUUGCUCGAAGAUAUUCUAGUACUGGGUCCCUCCCAUCUAGGUUCUUGGAAGAAGAAUUUUGGCAUGAGAUUGCUUUCGGCAAGAUGGACUCGGUUGAAUAUGCUUGUGAUAUUGAUGGUAGUGCCUUCUCAUGUUCUCCAACUGAUCGACUAGGGAAAAGCAAGUGGAAUCUGAAGAGGCUUUCUCGUCUCCCAAAAUCUGUACUGCGACUUCUGCGAAUGGCAAUUCCAGGAGUAACAGAUCCAAUGCUUUAUAUUGGAAUGCUCUUUAGUAUGUUUGCUUGGCAUGUGGAAGAUCACUACUUAUACAGCAUAAAUUAUCAUCACUGUGGAGCAUUUAAAACAUGGUACGGGGUUCCAGGCCAUGCAGCUCCAGGUUUUGAGAAAGUGGUACGGGAGCACGUAUACAAUCAGGAUAUGUUGUCCGGUGAAGGAGAUGAUGCUGCAUUUGAUGUUCUCUUGGGAAAGACUACAAUGUUUCCUCCAAAUGUACUGUUGGAAAAUGGCGUUCCUGUUUAUAAAGCUGUGCAGAAACCUGGGGAGUUUGUCAUCACCUUUCCUCGCGCUUAUCAUGCAGGCUUUAGUCAUGGUUUCAAUUGUGGCGAGGCAGUGAAUUUUGCUAUUGGUGAUUGGUUCCCUUUGGGUGCUGUGGCUAGCCAACGCUAUGCCCUUCUUAACAGGACUCCCUUGCUCCCUUACGAGGAACUCCUUUGCACGGAAGCAAUGCUGCUUUCUUGCAAAGUAUCAAAUCCUGGUUAUAAAGUUCUGGCCCCACCUGAAGAAUUCUUGUCCCAAAAAUCUGUCAAGGUUUCUUUUGUAGAGUUAAUGCGCUUCCAGCACCGUGCUCGUUGGCUCAUUGUGAAAAUGGGCGCUCAGAUAGAGUACAAGUCGGAUGUUCAUUCGACUUUACUGUGUAGCAUUUGCCGACGUGAUUGCUAUGUUGCUUAUGUUAAAUGCAACUGCAUUUUAGACCCUACUUGCCUCCGCCAUGAGCAAAAACUACUGAGCUGCCCUUGCAAGUGUAAUAGGAUAAUCUUUGUAAGGGAGAACAUACUGGAGAUGGAAGCUUUGGCACAAAAAUUUGAGCUGGAAGAAGGCAUAUUGGAUGAAGUACAUCGUGGUAAUGGCUUGUCUCAACUGGCUGACCCGUUCUUUUGUACUGGUACUGAAGGAUACAGCCCGUAUUGUGAGACUAAAAUUGAAGCCAGGCUCCCAAAUGAUAGCAUUUACAAAGGAGAAUGUGUUAACAAACCUUCUCCUGCUGGAUCAACAAUAACAACAUCUUUUGGACUAGAUGAGAGUUCUUCAUUUAGUGAUGCGCAUACUAAUUCUGUUAGACGCAAUUUUUCUGUUGCAAAGUGUCCGCAGAGCAUUUGUUCUCAUGAUAGUUCAGCUAUGGAAGGCAGUGAUGAUUCUGACUCUGAAGUUUUUCGCAUAAAGCGCAGGACCACUAAUGUUGGGAGAAGUUCUAUUGGUGACGUAACGGUACCAAACUCGACUUAUCGCCAGGCAUUCAAACGAUUGAGGAAGGCCUACCCUGACGUAAGACAUGUACGUUUGCAAUCAGAAUCCAUUCAGGAAACAUCGGAAUCCGUUCGGGAAACAUCGGAUCAUUGCUCUGUUCCAGCUACUAAUUCUAGGCAGAAUUUUGAAACUGCUUCUAGAAGCUGGAAAGGCGGAGCUUUCCCAAUAUCCAGGAAGAUUAAGCAAGAAUUGUCAGAAGUCAAGCUCACUAACGAUGAUGAGGCCAGUAAGAGUGAAAACAGUGUCAGAUUUAACAGAGGGGAGCUACCUAGAGAAUCACCUUCCAUAGAGCUCGGGCCAAAGCGCUUGAAAGUUAAGGGUCCCUCCACAAAAUCUAUCAGUGGGCAUGCUUUGUAUUAAAGCAUAGUUGAUUGAUUCUAACCACAGGAAAAUUUAACUUCACUCUAACAACAGAAAGCAGAGAGAUGCAAAGAUUGGUUAACAGGGGUGAGUUUAGAACAGGUAAUGAUUCGUGUAGUCCGAUUCUUUGUGCGAGCCCUCGAAUUGAGGUUCUUGCACGGCUGGAUUCUUACGGUUCUCUGCCGCAGUUUCUUCCCUUUCAUCUUUUUUUCUUUUCAUUUUCAUUUAGCCCUUGGAGCAGAGGACCCUGCAAAUUCUUUGCGGAGAAUUUGUACUAGCUGUAAAUUUGUUGUUUCAUUCAUGUAGAUUGGCUUCACAACAUUCUCCAUGAAUUCCAGUCUAACCACAUUCCUGUUUAAUUUCUACAAUUCUUUCAUGCAGUUUGUUAUACUUUUUUGAUGUUUAAAAUGAUUGUGAGGAAAUUGUGGAAUA